AUGACCAGCAAGAGGAUCGCAUUCAAGGUCCACGGGACCGUACAAGGUGUCGGCUUCCGAGACUUUACCCAAAAAUGUGCGACUAGCCACGGCUUGAAAGGCUGGGUUCGAAACACUACUUGUGGAAGAGUCGAGGGAGAAGUUCAGGGUGAGGAACAGACAGUACAAAAGUUGCUGCAGCAGAUUGAUAAAGGUCCGCGGCAUGCCCAUGUUGUGAAGCUGGAGAAGAAAGAGUUGGAGCUUCAAGAGGGUGAGGAUCAGUUUUUGGUGAUGCGGACUGCCGAGUCGAUGUUUCACUCCGGGGCUUAA